GCUGCACCUUGUGAUUCACGAUCGAGAGCACGGCUGCAAUCUGCUCGUCCUCCGAGACACCACCUGGGAGAUGUUUCACGGUGCCUGCCGUGCGCUCCCGUCGACAAAGCGCAACGGAGGUUUCUGACCGGAGUGUUCAUUCCCCAUGUUGAUCCCAAUGCUUGUUUUCCCCCCUCCUUCUCUAUUCUUCGUCUCCCAUGGCAAAAUUGCGACGAUCUCGCGGGACCACAUCCGGCCCCCUUCUCUCCCUUCCCCGACGACUAACAGCCAGAUACAGCACCACAGCACGUUUCGCGCGGAACGACGACCGGUCCUCUCCCCCGGCCGCCCUCACCGAGAUCGCUGCCGCGCUGCCCAGUGCCGCGAUCCCCAUAGCCCUCGGCUCUCGUCCGCUCAGCUCCUUGCCCGACUCGAGGCCACGUCCACCGGGACCCAACUCGACUCAGAGCCCCUGCCCCAUGGUGCCAUCGCACCUUACGAGGCGCAUUUUAAAUCGGCCGCCCAAUCCCAAAGCAAACUAAAGGUUAGUCCGGACACCAAGGCGUCCUCAUGGCGUUCCCAAAGGACAAAGUUGCCAGGUGUGUGCGCGCGUGUCUGUCUGUGACUUGCUAGCCUCGGCCACUGUCCGCCUGGUGCCCGGCGUCGUCCAUUUUCCAAUUCAGCCUGAUUACUUACCCUCAAAUAUGAAGAGAACACUUCCAAGCUGGUACUGUCCAGUUGUGUGGACACAGAGCACACCCCCUCCUCGCUUCGUUCUCUCGCUCCUUUCCGAAUGAG